GAUAGUCCAAAACAAUGUAUUUUGUUGCUAGUCUUCAUAAUUGCCUUUUUAAUGUUAAACAGUAUACUUCAUGCCAUCGUUUAAUAAAUAAUUUUAUCUACCAUCGUGUCUUCUUUGCUCUGUGCUAUAAAAGAAGAGUCGAGCUCUUCUACAAAUUCAAAACCAGUCCUACAAAUAUAUCCGCCAUGAAAACGUGUAGCAUCUUCUUCCUCUACCUGGCUACUAUUCUCCAAUACUGUUUCUACUCCUCUGUUUCGUCAUCAUCACCUCUUCUUCUCCCUCUCUCACACUCUCUCUCAACCUCCAAACACCCUUCCUCUCCUCUCCACCUCCUCAAAUCAUCCUCCACCCGCUCCUCCGCACGUUUCCGCAGCCACCACCGUAAACAACAUCAACUCCCUCUCCCUCUAUCUUCCGGCAGCGACUACCUCCUCUCCCUCUCAGUCGGCUCCUCCUCCUCCUCCGUCUCACUCUACUUAGACACCGGAAGCGACCUCGUCUGGUUCCCUUGCCGUCCUUUCACCUGCAUCCUCUGCGAAUCCAAACCACCUCCUUCCACAUCCUCCCUCUCCUCCUCCGCCGUCGCCGUCCCCUGCUCAUCCCUUUCCUGCUCCGCCGCACACUCCUCCCUCCCCUCCUCCGACCUCUGCGCCAUCUCCAACUGCCCUCUCGACCUCAUCGAAACCGGCGAGUGCAACAACUCUUCCUACCCUUGCCCGUCUUUCUACUACGCCUACGGCGACGGCUCCCUCGUCGGCCGCCUCUUCUCCGACUCCCUCUCCCUCCCUCCCCUCUCCCUAGCUAACUUCACCUUCGGCUGCGCUAACACCGCUCUCGCCGAGCCCAUCGGCGUCGCCGGCUUCGGACGCGGACGCCUCUCUCUCCCCGCGCAGCUCUCCUCUUUCGCGCCUCGCCUCGGUAACAGCUUCUCCUACUGCCUCGUCUCUCACUCGUUCGACUCGGAGCGAGUCCGCCGCCCGAGUCCGCUCAUCCUCGGACGCUUCGUCGACGAGGACGAGGCGAAAGAGAAACGUGUUGAUGUUGAUGACGAUAAGAAGAAGGAGAAGGUCGAGUUCGUGUACACGGAGCUGCUUGAUAACCCCAAGCACCCUUACUUCUACUCUGUUUCCCUCCGAGGAAUCUCCGUCGGCAAACGGAAUAUUCCUGCUCCGGCGAUGCUCAGACGAGUGGAUAGAGACGGCGGCGGAGGAGUGGUCGUUGACUCGGGGACGACUUUCACGAUGCUUCCGGCGAAAUUUUAUAAUUCGGUGGUGGAGGAGUUCGACAGUCGGGUCGGGCGGGUACACGAGCGGGCUGAUCGGGUCGAACCGAGUUCCGGAAUGAGUCCUUGCUACUAUCUUAACCAGAGGGUUAGAGUUCCGGCUCUGGUUUUGCAUUUUGCCGGGAAUGGUUCCAGUGUUGCGCUCCCUAGGAGAAAUUACUUUUACGAGUUUAUGGACGGUGGCGAUGGGAAAGAAGAGAAGAGGAAGGUUGGAUGUUUGAUGCUGAUGAACGGUGGAGAUGAAUCUGAGCUUCGAGGUGGGACUGGAGCAAUUCUGGGGAAUUACCAGCAACAAGGAUUCGAAGUCGUGUAUGAUUUGUUGAAUAGAAGAGUCGGGUUCGCUAAGAGGAAGUGCGCAUCUUAUUGGGAUACCUUGAACCAGGGCUAACAUGCGCGACCAAUCACAAUCUCAGCUUGAAUCUUUGAAGUAAGCCAGCCUCCUGUGCGCCUUUCCGGUUCGACCGGCAAACCGGAUGAUGGGUCUUAUCGAACAGUAAUUAUGGUAUUGAGAUGUACGUACGAAUAGAUGUAGCGUUAACAAUUCGAUGGACCUAUCCUCCAAAAGUAUAUAGAAGGGUUGUAUCAUGUAUUUAUGAGCGGUUUUGGAACGUUGUAGAUAUAUGUUUUUUAAAAUAAAGACCAUUUGAAGUUUCAAUCUUUUGCAUAUA